GAGCACGAUUAGCUAGUAUAAGCUUAGAAAAGUUCACGGUGAGUGAAUCGCUAGUUUGAGGCCUCUCAGUUUCAGGAAAAACAGACGAACUUGAAGAUUGUAAUUUUGCUUACAGAAUUUCCGUUGUUUAAACUAUCCAGUUAAUUGAAAAAUGUCGUCACUUCUUCAGAAACCCAAGAGUGAGAUGACUCCAGAAGAAUUAGCAAAGAGAGAAGAUGAGGAGUUCAACACUGGCCCAAUGUCAGUUUUAACCCAGUCUGUGAAAAAUAAUACUCAAGUUUUAAUAAACUGUAGAAACAACAAAAAGCUUCUGGGACGAGUCAAGGCUUUUGAUAGGCACUGUAACAUGGUUUUAGAGAAUGUGAAGGAAAUGUGGACUGAAAUGCCAAAAACUGGAAAAGGAAAGAAGAAGGCAAAGCCUGUAAAUAAAGACAGAUAUAUUUCUAAGAUGUUUCUCAGAGGUGACUCUGUCAUUUUGGUUCUGAGAAAUCCACUAGCUGGUCAGAAACCAUGAUUUGUAGAAAAAAAAAGAUGUAUCAUGUUAUCCCUUUAUAAGACCUUUUAGGGUUUCAGGUUGUUUUUUCUGUAUGUUCGUGUCUGUUUUUAAUAAAAUGAAGAAGGUUU